ACAUGAGAUGCCUGGUGGGAAAGGGACGUGUCUGAACUCAUGCAGCAAGUUAAUGCACAAGGUGGGACUCGAACCCAGGCCUUGUGACGCUUACCAGCGCUCCUUCCACUCUACCAGGUUGUGUGCAUAUCGGUGGGACUGAAAGAUGUGUCCCAAUCACCUGGGCUGAGGCCCCUGCCAUGGUAACUGGUGCUGAAGGGAACCCAGAGACGAUUUUUCUGACACCCAGGACAAAGGUGUCUAGGACGGUCCUGCUGGUGGCGCUAGCGGAGACCGGGUGCCCAGCGUGGUUCCUUCCAGGCCUCUUCCUUCUGCUCCCGUAGAGCCUGAGCCUCUCGAAGCCCCGAAGCCCCGGAGUCACCCUGCAAGCUCAUCAUGCUGACAGAAGACAUGAAGUUCUGGCAAGGCUUAGUGAUCGCAAUGGUGUCCCUCAUCCUACAGACCUGCCUCUUCGCUGCCGUCAACUACCUGCUUAGCAGACGCAUGGCCAACGAGAAUGAGCGGAUACUGAAAGGGGCCAGGCUCCAGGCCCCCUGGCACGGCCCUGCCCACCGUGCUGCCAAGGAGGAGCCGCAAAGUGCCCCUGCGUCUGAGUCCCGUUGCAGGCAUGACAGUGACACAUCCUCAGACAGCGCCAACAACUCUGAUGUCUCCGGCAGCUCUCCAGUCGCCUGCCAGGCCACCAAGGAUGUGAAUUACACACAAGUGGUCUUUUCAACCCCUGGAGGACUGAAAAACAAACCUGCCCUGGACUAUGAGGACAUAAAGGAAACCACGGAUUAUGUCAACGUCAAUCCAAAAAGCCACAGGCCCAAUUUCUGGACUUCUGUGAGCCCUGACGACUCUGAGUCGGUAGAAUACACUCAGGUGGUCAUGUGAGUUCUAGGGUUUUAAUGGGCUGCAGUUCUCCACAAAUUCUUGCACUUGUUUUGUAAGGAAAUGACCUUUUUUUUUUAAAAACAAGACAUAGGGGAAUAAGGAGGCCUGUAACUCACUCAGCAAGAAAGAUUCAGAUUUUUUUUUGGCGGGGGGAACGAACGAUGACAGACAGAGUCCUGCCAAACACCAGCUAACAUCACGAUCUGAGAUUCCAGGGAAAGAUCUCCCCAAAUUCAAUCCAACAGAAUGUAAUAUUCUUUACUGGAUUGCUUUUUGUUUGUUUGUUUAAAGCCAAUUAGGAAUAUGAAGGCACUUUCUUAGCUUGAUUAAGAAUAGCCUGUCCCCGGGGCUCCUGGGUGGCUCAGUUGGUUAAGCUCAGACACUGCAUCUCAGCUCAGGACAUGAUCUCACAGUU